AUGUCAAUAUCAAAUCAAGAUAUGCAAGAUAAUGCCACAUCACACUCGUUUGAUCAUUCUGAAAGUGAAGAAUCUGUUAAAGCAUUGAAAGAUGAUGAUGAUGAAGAAAGUAAUCAUGCAUUUGUAUUUGAUCAAGAUAAAUGUGGAAAAGCUCUUGUUAGGAUGAUCAUCACAGAUGAGCUUCCCCUUUCUAUAGUUGAUAAUAACUCCUUCAGAGUUUUUUCAAGAUCUCUUCAACCAUUGCUUCGAUUUCCUUCUAGAAAGCAGGUUGAACUUGACAUUAUUAAAAUCCAUGACCAUGAAAGAGUAAGAGUCAAGCGAAUGUUACAAGCUAAUGAAUCCAGGGUUGCAAUCUCCACGAAUUCCUGGACUUGUCACGAUGAAUUCCAUUAUAUGAUGGUGAAUGCACAUUUCAUUGACUGUAAUUGGGUGUUGCAAAGUUGUGUCUUAAGGUUUGUGAAUUUGCCAGAUCCAGAUAUGAAGAAUCAAGUGGGCGAGGUGUUGUUGAGAACUUUAUUGGAAUGGGAUUUGGAUCGGAAAGUGUCAACAAUCACUGGUGAUAGUCGCAGCAAAAGUGACAGCAUACUUGAAUCCGUUGUCUGGAAGUUGCAAAAGAAUUCUUUGAUACUGUCGCGUGAUUUUGAUUUUGUCAAAGUGCGAUGUUGUGCAGAUAUUGUCAACUCCAUUGUGGAAUAUGGUAUGGACACAAUUAGUGAUUCAGUUAAGAACAUAAGUGAAAGUUGUGAUUAUUGGACAGAAUCGCUAGACAGAAGGGAAAGAUUUGUAGAGAUCGGUGUUGAACUUGGAUUAAGUAUGAGUACUUAUUUGGUUUCAGAUUGCGAUCAUAAAUGGACAUCUACUUAUUCCAUGCUUAAAACUGCUUUGCCAUAUAAGUUGGUGUUUAAUCAAUGUUCUCUUUUGGAUAAUGAGUAUAAGACUAAACCAAGUGAUACUGAGUGGGAUCUUGCGAAUGAGACAUGUGUUCGAUUAGAAUCAGUUUGUAGUAUUACCAAGUUGUUCUUUGAAACUAAGUAUCCCACAGCCUUUCUAUAUUUUCAAAUGGUAUGUGAUCUUAAGUUGGUUUUAAAUGAUUGGUUAGCUUGUUCGAAUCAAGUUGUUCAGAAUAUUGCAGCCAGAAUGAUGAAGAAGUUCACUAGAUAUUUGGAUCAUAUGCAUAUAUUGAUGGGUGUUGUUGCUGUAUUGGAUCCAAGGACUAAGUUACACUUGGUUGAGUUUUCUUUUGCAAAACUCUUUCCAAGUGAUUCUGAUCAAAAAGUGAAAAGGGUGGUCCAAAUAUGUAAUGAUUUGGUGAAGGAGUAUCAAACUAGGGUUUCUCUUCACACAUCUACUUCUAGUAAUCCAGAUACUAAUGUAUCUUCAAAUCCAAGAUAUCAGAUAUCUCCUGAAUUUGAAAUAUAUAUCCAACAGAGAAUUAAAAAGACUGAGGUGAAAUCGGAGCUAGAGUACUAUUUGGAAGAUGAUUUGGAGUCUAGAACAUCAGAUUUUGACAUUCUUGCUUAUUGGAAGGCAAACUUAAAGUAUCCGACAUUGAAAGCAAUUGCAAGAGAUUUGUUAGCUAUGUCAGUGUCAAGAGUUGUUUAUAAGUCGCCUUUUAGGGAUGGCGAUAGGAUUUCUGCUUUUAGUGAUGGCAAUAGGAUUUUAUCUCCAGCCCGUAGUGGACUUGAUCUGAACAUAUUGGAGGUUCUCAUGUGUUCGAAAAGCUGGUUAAGUGGAUCCGAAUCAGGUGAUAUUUCAAGGGAGAUGCAUGAUAUAGGCAUGGACGACGAUUAUGAUGCCGAUGAAAUGGGUAUAUUUUUAUACAUUUGAAUUUGAAUUUAUGUUUUUUAUAAUAUUUAUAUCGUCCUUUCUUUAUCUAUUGUAGAUGAUGAUGAUGAGGUUUGAAAAAAUACUUUUGAGGAUUGAAGCUUGCAUGGGGUGUGGGGUUGUCACCUUUGUUUUUGUAGUGGAUCUUAAUUAGUGUUAUUUUGUUAUGAAAAUGGUUAAACUUUGAAGUAAGAAUAUUUCUUGUGUUUUUAAUAU